AUGAUGGCCACGGGUUCUCGGGACACCUCAGUUCGCGAGGCCAAAAUCUUUGUCAAGGAAGUCGUCCGAAACGACUGGGAUUUCGAGGCCGGCGUUCCUUCCCCGUCGUCCGCCGACGUGUGCGAAUGGCGAGUCCGAGAAUUCGACACGCCAACCUCGGAACUUGAGCCACAGAGCUCAGAUAGCGAGCAAGAAUAUGACCCGUCAGCUCUCGCCCCUGGCGACGCGGGCAUCGAGCGGCGUCGCAAACGCCGUCGACAAAUAGAUGACGAAAUGGCGUGGAACGAAGGACUGCGCGUAUGGAUGGCCAGGCGCGAUGCGUGGUGUGGCGCGAAGACUCGGCGGCAGAUUCGGGCUGAGGAGGCAAAGCGCGCGUUGGCUGGUGCGCAGACGGACACAACAGAUCAGUCCCAUAGUGUGCAUUUGGGGCGAAACGAUGCGACUUCUUCUGGUUCAUCCGAAUCUGCAGCGCCCGAUGGUAUUGGCGCUUCCGACCUGGCAGUCCGGACCGAGACGUCUCUUUCUAUCGCGGACCGGGAGAAAAGUGAGGAGCUCCAGAAUCGAGUGGAUAUGACCUCGGGACAGCAAGAGGAUCAGGAGGAAGGAUUGUCUACCGCGCCAGAGGAGGGAGCUAAACGGAAAGCCUCGUCAGAGACCAACAUCACAGAGCCGGAUCAGAAAGUUGCCACGAAGGUGCCUACUCAACCUACGUCCUUCCCGGCUGUGGAAGACCAAACAGAAGAGGAGAAAGUGGAAGAAGAGCUGGAUGAACCACUUUGCCCUGUUGCCCCGCCUUUUAUUUCAAAUGACAAUCCAGUGCGCGCAAGCAUCAAUUCCGCAAUCUACCCUUCAAUUUACACCAAGGUUGUCGUGCAAGGCAUGACCCCCACCGUCCCCGUCAACCUCGCCCAUUUGACCAAAGCCAUGGUUCAAGGCUGGAAAGCAGACGGGCAGUGGCCGCCAAAGCCAGCUGUGACAUCAAUUGUUCUUGCUGAUGAUGCCUCUGUGCCCAAGAAAAACACGGAUCGCUCCGAGGAGGCGCCACAGGGCAGGAGGAAGAACAGCAUUACCAAUGCUGUGAAGAAAGUCUUCCAUUUUGGAUCGCAUCCCUUCCAUCGCCGUGGCAGCCAGGAUACCGGAAAUGGAGCCGGUGCCGGGGGUCCGACGGCUUAA